AUGUUUACCUACCAGGAGUCCUUUGUACUGCUGUGGAAGUCCUUCUACACCAUCAUUUGCGGUGAUCACUCGGCCCUGUCCUCGAAAUCGCAGACUGGGACCUGCACGCGCUCGGCUAUGCCUGUGCAUAACGACUACAGCGCCAAGGAAGUCCAGAGCGUCACCGCUUUCGGCCGAAUGUGCCUCGAAUUAACGACACAAGAACACCACCACAAGCAGGGCAUCAGCACCACACAAUUAAAACAGGUCAGUGUCACG